AUGUCCAUCACCGUGGUCUCGAGCCUCCAGCAGCUGGACUCGCUCACCUCGGAUGCGAACAAGGUCUCCAUCCUUGACUUCCACGCCGUCUGGUGCGGUCCUUGCAAGGCUAUCGCUCCUGUCUUCCAGAGGCUCGCAUCGCAGUAUGCCGGGCGAGUGCAGUUCCUUAAGGUCGACGUGGAUGCCGUCCCCGACAUUGCGCGCAAGUUCUCCGUCUCGGCGAUGCCGACUUUCGUCAUCUUGAAGGGAGCCAACAAGGUCGACGAGAUGAAGGGCGCGAAUCCGGCGGGUUUGAUGGCGAUGGUCAGCAAGCAUGCGCCUGCGUCGGGCGGUGCUGGAGCGAGCGGAUCUGGCGCGCCCGUGGAGAAGGGACUCGAGGGCUUCACCUCGCUCAACUCGCAAAUCGACCUGUCGCAAAUCCACUGCCUGAACGAAGCGGCCGGACACACGAUUAAGGACUUGCUGCGAGGCGGCGGGGACAAGUGGCUCGAAUCCGACGCCGACGAGCAGCUUCUCCUCCACAUCCCAUUUCAGCAGUCCAUCAAGCUCCGCGCCAUCCGCUUCACUACUCUCUCCUCCCACUCCGCCAAUGCGCCAAAGACGAUCAAGCUCUUCGUCAACCAGAGCGGCGUCGACUUCGAUAACGCAGAAUCGACCGAGGCUGCGCAGGAAGUGGUGCUCGACGAGGCGCAGGCGAAGGGCGAGAAGUCGGUCGAGCUGCGAUUUGUCCGCUUCCAGAACGUCGGGCACCUGUCGAUCUUCGUCGUCGACAAUCAAGGGGGCGUGGACGUGACGAGGGUUGACAAGCUCGAGCUAAUCGGAGUGAGCGUGGAGGGGACGAACAUGGCGGACCUGAAGAAGAUGGAGGAGGAGUAG